GGAAUUGUCAUCUUCUUCCCUCGGCCCCAACUAGUAGACCACGACCAGAAGACAUAGCCUAACCUACACCUACCGUAGUGUCACACCCGGCACAGCGCGACCAGGUCCACCAACUGCGCCUGCGCGAACCGGCCGCUCCCGCCAGAUCACAGGAAGGCUGAGAGAAAGGGCAGGACCCCGCAGCGUGGGGCUGGGCUUAAAGGCUCGUCGCGCCUGCGCAAAGGACCCGACGACGUGCUGCGUCGUUACUUUUGAAACGCUUGGCGGGGAAGUGCUGUUGGAGCCGCUGUGGUUGCUGUCCGCGGAGUGGAAGCGCGUGCCUUUGUUUGUGUCGCUGGCCAUGGCGCUGCAGCUCUCCCGGGAGCAGGGAAUCACCCUACGCGGGAGCGCCGAAAUCGUGGCCGAGUUCUUCUCAUUCGGCAUCAACAGCAUUUUAUAUCAGCGUGGCAUAUAUCCAUCUGAAACUUUUACUCGAGUGCAGAAAUACGGACUCACCUUGCUUGUAACUACUGAUCUUGAGCUCAUAAAAUACCUGAAUAAUGUGGUGGAACAACUAAAAGAUUGGUUAUACAAGUGUUCAGUUCAGAAACUGGUUGUAGUUAUCUCAAAUGUUGAAAGUGGUGAGGUCCUGGAAAGAUGGCAGUUUGAUAUUGAGUGUGACAAGACUGCAAAAGAUGACAGUGCACCCAGGGAGAAGUCUCAGAAAGCUAUCCAGGAUGAAAUCCGUUCAGUGAUCAGACAGAUCACAGCUACAGUGACAUUUCUGCCACUGUUGGAAGUUUCUUGUUCAUUUGAUCUGCUGAUUUAUACAGACAAAGAUUUGGUUGUACCUGAAAAAUGGGAAGAGUCGGGACCACAGUUUAUUACCAAUUCUGAGGAAGUCCGCCUUCGUUCAUUUACUACUACAAUCCACAAAGUAAAUAGCAUGGUGGCUUACAAAAUUCCUGUCAAUGACUGAGGAUGACAUGAGGAAAAUAAUGUAAUUGUAAGUUUAAAAUGUGGUUUUCCUGAAAUCAAGUCAUCUAUAGUUGAUAUGUUUUAUUUCAUUGGUUAAUUUUUACAUGGAGAAAACCAAAAUGAUACUUACUGAACUAUGUGUAAUUGUUCCUUUAUUUUUUGGUACCUAUUUGACUUACCAUGAAGUUAACAUCAUGAAUUUAUUGCACAUUGUUCAAAAGGAACCAGGAGUUUUUUGUCAUCAUUGUGAUGUAUAUUCCUUUGAAGAUAGUAACUGUAGAUGGAAAAACUUGUGCUAUAAAGCUAGAUGCUUUCCUAAAUCAGAUGUUUUGGUCAAGUAGCUUGACUCAGUAUAGGUAGGGAGAUAUUUAAGUAUAAAAUACAACAAAGGAAGUCUAAAUAUUCAGAAUCUUUGUUAAGGUCCUGAAAGUAACUCAUAAUCUAUAAACAAUGAAAUAUUGCUGUAUAGCUCCUUUUGACCUUCAUUUCAUGUAUAGUUUUCCCUAUUGAAUCAGUUUCCAAUUAUUUGACUUUAAUUUAUGUAACUUGAACCUAUGAAGCAAUGGAUAUUUGUACUGUUUAAUGUUCUGUGAUACAGAACUCUUAAAAAAGGUUUUUUUGUGUGUUUUAUAAAAUCAAGUUUUAAGUGAAAGUGAGGAAAUAAAGUUAAGUUUGUUUUAAAUUUGUCUUAAAA